AUGCUAAAGGAUGAGAGGAAGAUAAAUGAUACCCUUUCUAGAGCGUUUCUUUUUAAAUUCACUGGAAAAGAUGAAGAAAUCAAUCUUUUGGGGGAUGGGACAGAGAAGCCUGAAUUUGGAGAAUGGUCAUGGCUGUCACCAGAAGAAAUAAUCAAUCUUGCAGUGGAUUUCAAGAAACCUGUGUAUCAGGAAGUUAUGACAGCUUUCUCGAGUAGAUCACUAAAGUUUCAUUCCUCGUUCUCCCUUUCAUUGCUGCGUAGAACCUCCGCCAAUACGAAUAUUCUUUUCUUCCCAUAUUGCCCUCCAAAAGCCCACAAAUUUACUCCACCAUCACUUCUUCACCACAAAGUUCCGGAAGUUGCAUUUUCUUCACUAUCAUCGCCGUCAUCCAUGGAAAACCCUCCUCAAGGCUACAGGAAAAAUGUUGGAAUUUGCCUAAUGAAUCCCUCUAAAAAGAUUUUUGCAGCUUCAAGGCUUGAUAUACCAGACUCUUGGCAAAUGCCUCAGGGUGGAAUUGACGAGAACGAGGAUCCAAGAAGCGCUGCUAUCAGAGAAUUAAGAGAAGAAACUGGAGUCAGUUCAGCUUAUAUUAUUGCCGAGGUGCCACAUUGGUUGACAUAUGAUUUUCCACCUGACGUCAGGGAGAAACUUAGGCAUCAAUGGGGUUCAGACUGGAAAGGUCAAGCACAAAAAUGGUUCAAAUGA